UUACCACGUAAACGCAAUAAAAACAAUGUUUCGGCCAACCUCCAGGAUGUCCACUACUUUAGCUGAGGGACUUCAUCCAGAUGGGACAGUUUACCGGUCUCGCCCGGGACAAAACUAACGUGAAGUUCUAUUUCUGAGUGGUUUAGCAACACAUGGCGUCACAUUCACAUGUCAGCAUCCCCAACAGCAGCCGACUCGUGCAUGUCACUGGUCACACGCAGCGGCUCCCCAACGACCUCCAGCUGUGCCCGUAACGUCAGCGGGGUCCCCGCCGCGGCCCGGCUGCAGCCGCCUCUCCGCCCCCCCGGUGCCCCACCAGCCGCACGGCCCAACCCGCGCUGCUUCCUGCUCCUCGUCAGCAGCUGGGAGCAACACAGGACCGUCGUCCCGUUGCUCCGGUCCCGCCAACCCGGCUGGAAGCGGCUCGGACGGCAGGCUGGUGCCCAGACAGAGGCUUUCACCCCCCCGGAGCGCUCCCCCAAAGGACAAAAUCCCAGCAGGUGCGGAGCUUGAGGACCAUUUGGGUCGAAGGUCCUGGGAACGAUCACGUGCACAACCCUUCUUGUCUGAAAGAUAAAUCCACACGGCUUUGGAAGGACAGACUGGCCCCCUGCAUUGCAGCAUCCCCACCUACAACACCACUAGCACUUCUAACCACACCUCCACACCCAGUUCUCCAUGUCGAAGUCGGCCCAGAUGCCGCUGUCCAACAUCACAGUGCCAAAGCCUUCCAUCUCCAGGGUGCCCAGCAGCAUGGAGGGCAUCAACCACGAGCUGGAGAAGGUCUUCAUCAAAGAUAACGGAGAGAAGGAGGAGCUCAAAUCCCUGGAGGUUCCCGAUGGGCGGCGGGCGCCCUUCCCUCCCCAGCAGCGCAGCAGCAGCACCCACAGUGUGGACACCCAGACCCCGCUGGCCCCCGGGCGCUCCAGCAGCUGCUCCAGCCUGUCGCCCUGCCCCUCGCCCGCCUGCCUGCCCGGCUCCCACGAGGGCAGUCCUUACUCCACAGAGGACCUGCUGUACGACCGGGACAAAGACAGUGGAAGCAGCUCCCCGCUGCCCAAGUUUGCCUCCUCCCCCAAACCCAACAACAGCUACAUGUUCAAGCGGGAGCCGCCAGAGGGCUGUGAGAAGAUUAAAGCCUUUGAGGAGAUGAGUUCCAGGCAGUCCACGUCGGCGUCGGCCCCCCUCUUUUCCUGCCCCGACAAGAACAAGGUGAACUUCAUCUCGACGGGCUCGGCGUUCUGCCCCGUCAAGCUCCCCGGCUCUCUGCACCUCAUGCCGCAGGACGAGGCUCCCCAGGGCGCCGCAUCGCUCCACGGAGCCCCCACUCAGGUCUCCACCAGCACAGACACCGCCCCGCCCGGCUCGCCCUCAGAGACUGCAGACCCCCCGACAGACAGCUUGGCCAUCAGCUAGACCGGAGCAGAGCUGGCCUCCGCCCUCCGGAUCACCCACCACCACCACCACCCAUAAAACCCUCCCCCUAUGCUCUGCCAGGUGGGGGGGAGGGGCUCCAUCUCUCUGUGCUGAUCCCCCCCCCUCUUCUAUCUCUGCAUGACGUAGCCACAAUGUCCCAAAUGAAGCACCGCCGCCGCCGCCACCACGGCUCUCUGCGUUCCUGCAUUCUGUCCGAGGUUAAAGGUGACAAUCUGCAGGCGGGGAGGGAAGACACAGGGUGGGGUGAGGGGGGGGGGGGGAGGGCAUGCAUUUUAAAACUGGUAGUAUAUUUCUGAUUAAAUUAUGUGUUGUGUUCUGUUUCAACGUUCACAGUAUGAAUAAGCUCUUCUAAACAUAUACUAUAUACACAUAUAUCUCUAUGAAAAGAAAGAAAUGCUUGUGUAAGAAAGAAAAAAAAAUCCCCGACU